UUUGCGCAGUGCGUUGACUGCGGCGCCUAGCUAGAAGGGACUUCAAGCUUUUUUGACGUUUAAACGUCAAAACAGAAGACAAAAAAAAAAUGAGACAUGUGAUUUGCAUGGUCUCGGAUUUCUUUUAUCCUAACUUGGGAGGCGUUGAGUCGCACAUUUUUACCCUAUCGCAAUGUCUGAUAACUCUUGGACACAAAGUUAUCGUCAUCACUCAUUCUUACGGAAAUCGAGUUGGAGUUCGCUAUAUGACGAAUGGCCUUAAGGUUUACUACCUUCCUAUCAAAACUAUGCAUGACCAAGUCGUUCUCCCAACUCUUUUCGCUUCCUUGUCAAUUUUCAGAAAUAUUUAUAUUAGAGAGUGUGUUGAAAUAGUACAUGGGCACUCAGCCUUUUCUACGUUAGCACAUGAAGGUAUUGUAAUAGCAAGAUUGUUGGGUCUCAAGGCUGUUUUCACAGAUCAUUCCUUAAAUGGGUUUGCUGACAUCUCUGCAAUUCUCACCAAUAAACUUCUAGAAAUCACAUUGUCAGGGGUAAACCACUGCAUAUGUGUUUCACAUACAGGGAAGGAAAACACAGUAUUAAGAGCUAAAGUUCCUGCCAACCAUGUCUCAGUAAUACCAAAUGCAACAGACACAACAUUAUUUAAACCAGAUGUUACCAAAAAGGAGACAGAUCAAAUAAUAAUUGUUGCAUUAAGCCGCCUAGUCUACAGGAAAGGUAUUGACCUACUAGCUUCCGUAAUUCCCAUUAUUUGUAAAAAGUACCCCAAGGUUCACUUUCUGAUUGGAGGUGACGGACCAAAGCGACUCGUACUAGAACAAGUCCGCGAGAGAGAAGGGCUGCAUGAAAGAGUGUCGUUGCUCGGAGCACUAGAUCAAUCUGAAGUUCACGGGACACUACUACGAGGUCAUAUAUUCUUAAACACCUCAUUAACUGAAGCUUACUGUAUAGCUAUUGUGGAAGCUGCAGCCUGCGGUUUGCAGGUGGUUAGUACUAAAGUUGGUGGUAUUCCUGAGGUGCUCCCACCAGAAAUGAUUCGCAUGGCUCAGCCUGACGUCAGCGCAAUCGUCUCAGCACUGGAUGACGCCAUCGACUCCCACCUGAAAGGAACUUGUAUGUCUCCAUGGGAGUGUCAUCAAUUCAUUCAUCGCACGUACAACUGGGUUGACAUUGCUACUCGCACGCAAUUAGUUUACGACGACGUCAAACAGCAGCCAAGUUUGAGUGUUGGGAAACUUCUCUGCAGCAGAUACCGAAACUGUGGGCCAGUUGCGGGUCCCUUUUUCGUUCUCAUCUUCACAAUAUGUCACAUACUGCUGCAGUUUUUCGAGUGGCUCUACCCGCGUCAUUUGAUCGAUAUCGCCCCGGAUUACAAUAACGAAAAAGAAUUAUGAUGUAAUCCUUAUAAAACUACUACGUCAAGGGCGGUCAAGCAAAAAAAAAAAAAAAAACACAAACACCUUGAAGAUUCCUUGCCUUGGCUUUGCCACCGUGAGGUUUGAGACGGCAUGCUUAUAAGGUAUUAGACCCGGUGUCGCACCUAUAUUUAGUCAUGCUCGCGUGUUCUUAGAGUUUCUCUGGAAAUCUAGCUACCAAACUACAAAAUGCAUCGGAGUUAAAUUUCCCAGGUGCUAUCAACAUGUUUCCCUGAUUCUGUGUAAAUUGAUUUCUGUGAAUUUUAAUAGGCCAAAUUUUAGUUUGAAAUA